AUGGAAGAAGAUUGGAAUAACAAUAAUAUUUACGACAAAUCGGUAUCGUGUAUUAUGGCGAGUAAUGCCAAUUUGUCACGUCGUUGUUCGAACGUGUUGAUUAGCAUUAACGCUGCAGCCGCAAUUUGCUACUCCGUGACCAAUUUUCUACGUCUCUCCGAUUUUAAGGAGGAUCUGAACAUUAGUUCGAGAGUGCUGCCUAUAAAGAUGAAAUUUCCCUUCAAAAUUGACGUGUCUCCUCUCUUUGAGCUUUUAGCGGUCGGUCAGAUUCUUCAUGUAGUGUCAAUCGCCACUUUAGUUGGUAUGAUGAAUUGCUUGAUCAUUACGCUGGUACUUCACGUGAGUGGACAGAUCGAUAUUCUUCGCCGGGAAUUACUGACAAUUUGCGGCAACGGAAUUUCUCAGCGUGAUUCAAUCGUCACAAGUGUCAGGCUUAUGAUUAUCCGACAUCAAAAGAUAAUAACCCUUUCGGAUAAUAUCGAAGAGCUUUAUUCCGACAUCGCGCUGAUGCAGUUUUUAUCGAAUACCGUGGUCAUCUGCUGCAUCGGUUUUACCAUCAUAGCCUCUCUUGUUAGGGAUGGAGCCACGGUGGUGAUUUUGAAAUCCGCUAUUUUUUACGUCGCCGUAACGUUAGAAGCUUUUAUCUUUUGUUUCGCGGGAGAAUACCUGAGCGCCAAGAGCAAAUCGGUUGGCGAUGCAGUCUACGAAGCGCUAUGGUAUAACAUGACACCUGCUGAGUGUCGGAUUUUAUUAUUUGUGAUAUUAAGGUCGCAGAAGAGAUUGACGAUUACAGCUGGAAAUAUUAUGGAUCUUUCUUUAGAAGGAUUUACGAAUGUAAAAAUUUUAAAUUGCAAAUAUAACGAGAUAAAACGUCAAAUAUAA